AAAACGUUAGCUUCGGUACACACGUCAACUGAAGAAUCCAUAAGGACCAUAACAACGAUAUAGCUUAGCUAAUGAAGAAGAGUGGAAGAACAUUGCACCUGCAACUUCAACUUCACUUCUCCGUUCUAACACUCGCCAUGUUCCUUAUCAAGACAUGGAGACAGACGGCUUUCGGUGUUUUUGGGUACCUGAAUUUCACCAAAGCUGGCUUCCUUGAUCAUUCUAAGAAAUUCAACCCAGAGGACAUGGAAUUACGAAUACCAGGGAAGAAUUGCAUUGUUACUGGAGCUAACUCUGGAAUUGGCUAUGCAACGGCUGAGGGUCUUGCAAAGCGUGGCGCAACUGUCUAUCUUGUAUGUCGUAAUAAGGAGAGAGGAGAGGCUGCUCUUUCUGACAUUCAAACUAAAACUGGCAAUCAGAAUGUAUAUUUGGAGAUUUGUGACCUUUCUUCUGUCAAUGAGAUCAAGUCAUUCGCUUCCAGGUUUUCUAAAAAGAAUGUGCCAGUUCACGUGUUGGUUAACAAUGCUGGAGUACUUGAGCAAAAUCGAGUUACCACAUCAGAAGGGUUUGAGUUGAGCUUUGCUGUAAAUGUCUUAGGCACUUACACCAUGACAGAAUUGAUGGUACCAUUACUGGGAAAAGCUUCCCCUGAUGCACGUGUCAUUACAGUUUCUUCUGGUGGAAUGUAUACUACUCCUUUGACCAAAGAUCUACAGUAUUCAGAGAGCAACUUUAAUGGGCUUGAACAGUAUGCUCGAAACAAGCGUGUUCAGGUUGCACUAACAGAAAAGUGGGCCGAAACUUACAAGAACAAAGGGAUAGGAUUUUACUCAAUGCACCCUGGUUGGGCUGAGACUCCUGGGGUUGCAAAGAGUAUGCCAAGCUUCUCUAAAUCGCUUUCAGGGAAGCUUAGAACAAGUGAAGAAGGUGCAGACACAGUUAUCUGGUUGACAUUACAACCAAAGGAGAAACUGGUAUCAGGUGCAUUUUAUUUUGAUAGAGCUGAAGCCUCGAAGCACCUUGCAUUUGCUGGUACCAGUGAUUCUCAUGCUAUGAUCGACUAUGUUGUUGAUAGUCUUGAUUCCAUGGCUUCUCCUUUUGUCUAAUAGUGUACUUUUACCCUGACAUUAAACCCUGAAGUUGUAAAUUUUAAUUAAUCGUAGCACCUAGUUGUGCAUCAUCAAUACCAAUAUAACAUUUCUACAGUUUUUUUUGUUGAUAAUAACAUUUCCAAAGUUAAUACAAUAAUAUAACUAUUGUUUUCA